GCCGGCGGCCAGGAGCGGCGGCGGCAGCGGCUUCCCGAGCAGCCGCAGCGUUCCGGAAGCUCCAGGCGGUCUUUCUGCCGAGGCUUAGUCCGGGCCCCCAUCCUCCCCGCCCCGUCGGUUGUUGUCUGGGCGGAUUUAAACAGUCAAGUUAAAUCAAGCUGGGUAAUCAUGGCAGAAGGUGGAUUCGAUCCCUGUGAAUGUGUUUGCUCUCAUGAACAUGCGAUGAGAAGGCUGAUCAAUCUGUUGAGGCAGUCGCAGUCCUACUGCACAGACACAGAAUGUCUUCAGGAAUUGCCAGGACCCUCUAGUGAUAAUGGCAUCAGUAUUACCAUGAUCUUGAUGGCCUGGAUGGUUAUUGCAGUGAUCUUGUUUCUGUUGAGACCUCCUAAUCUAAGAGGAUCCAACCUAACUGGAAAACCAGCCAGUCCUCAUAACGGUCAAGAUCCACCAGCCCCUCCUGUGGACUAACUUUGUGGAUAUGGGAAGUGAAACUAGUUUAACACCUUGCACGACCAAAUGAACGAAGAUGACCAGAGUACUCUUAACCCCAUUAGAACUGUUUUUUCUUUUGCAUCUGCAGUAUGGGAUAGUAUUGUUUUUCAUGAGCUUCUAGAAAUUUCACUUGCGAGCUUAUUUUUGCUUCCUGUGUCAUCACCUUUCCUAUAUUUGAGUAAAUGAUUACAUUAAAAAGUUACAUGGGGCUUUUUCGGUUAUCCUAAACUUAAACAUUCCAUUCGUUCUGUUUGUAACUGUGAUCAUAAUUUUUGUGGUAAUUUCUGGCCUGAUAGAAGGAAAUCUGAGAUCUCUACAUUUAAAUAUUUUAAGUACUUUCAAUGGGUUUAAAAAUCGUUUUUCUUUAAUAAGGUAUUUAUAAAGUUAUUUGGGGUUACCUGAGAUUGUAUGAAAGAAAAUUAGAACCACACUGUAUUUAUAUUUACCUUGGUAGUUUAUUUGUGGAUGGCAGUUUUCUCUAGUUCUUAGGACUGUGACAACUUUUGGAAUAUUUUACAAAUUACAGCUGAAAUCUGUAUCAUCCACUACAGAUGAUUUAUGUGGCUAAGAAAAGGAGAAAAGAAAUGAAAUAACUGUUUACUAAGUUUUUAUUCCCAUAAAAUGUCUAAUAUUCAGAAAACUUUAAAUAAACAUGAUUUAAAUGGUGGAUGAUUUACAGUCCAUUAUAUGAAAUUUGUAAGCCUCUGCACACUAGCCUUAUUACACAGUUCAUGAAAGGAGGAAAAAAUUUAAUUCUUUCUACCUUUGCCAGGUAUAAUCUAUACAGUAAUAAUUUAAGCUAUAACUUAUUUUUAGAGUGGGUGCCUCUCAGGAAACUGCUUUUGUGUUGUAAACUUCCCUGUUAAAUGAAACGAUCUUAAAGCUGUCUUGGGGGCCUGUUUGGUUACUGACAUUUGAAUGCUUUCACUUACUCUUUUUUUUUUUAGAAGAAAAAAUUUAGAGUCUUGUUAUCUUUCUGACUUUAAAAAAUAUUUAAUGAAUUCUUGGUUUACUCCAAGGGAAAAGGAGGAAAAUGAGAAACAAUCAAGGAUAUUUUUUCUCAACCUCUGUUUCAUUCUUGUUUGGUAAUAGGAUGGAUUGGGGUGGGGAGGGGCACUAAUAUAAGGAAAAUUUUGAAAUAUAUAAAAAUGUAAAAGGUUUCAUUUGUUUUUGUUCAGUUUGAAAGAAAAUGAAUACAAAUGGCAUUAAAAAGUCUGCAUGACCUGUGUGGUUAUAGAAUUUUUUUUCUAACAAAUGAUUGCAGAUGAUUUAUGGGGGCUAGAAGAUAUUUUGCUGUCAAUGUAAGGAUGCUCCCCCUCCCAGAUCAGUUUAGCUUUUCACUGUAUAGAUCUGAGAAAUUACUUGUAUGAAUUAAAUAAACUUCUCUAUAUUAUUGUACUGUUUAAUAGAGUCUCUGAUACAAUUACGUGACACUUGUAGGGUAUUUUUCUCCUUUAUUAUGAUUCUAUUCUAGGCUAUAAACACUGU